AAAAAAAAAUUAAAGUAAAAGUUAGGAACAUAACACAGUAAGAAGGCCCUGGGUUCAGUCUCAGUACUACAAAAGUACUACAAAGCAAACCAAUGAAUAAAUUGCUGGAGAUGUACCUCUUUGUGAAGGCUCUGGGUUCAAUCUCUGGUACUACAAAAAAAAAAAAGAGAGAGAGAGAAAUCAAGAAAUUCAUUCAUUCAUUCAUUCAUUCAGGAACUACAGGGAGGCAAGGAUAUGCUAUGGGGCCCUGAGUCAGGGCUUAUACUGCACACUGUUGCAAUGUCAGGGGCUCAGAGGAGAGAUGGACUCCCUGGGGCUCUGUUAUUUAUUUAUUUAGGCAAGGUUCAGGCUAGCCUCUAACUCUCAGUGAUCCUCCUGCUUCAGCCUCCAGAGUGCUGGAAUUACAGGCGUGAGCCACCACGCCCGCCUGGGGCUCUGUAAUUAACAGGAAAAGCUGCUGCAGCAACCCUUCCUGACUUGGUCCCAGCCUACCUGGCUCCUUUGGGCAGGAAAGAGGCUGGGCGCCCCAAGACCACUCCCCUUGGCGUCAGCCCUGCAGAGGUGCCCAAGGUGGCUCAGCUCUCUCACCCCAGCAGAAGAAGGCAGGCCUGAGGCCGGCAGAGGAAGAUGGGCCCCAAAGAGUCAGAAAGAAGGAGGCUGGAACUGGUCAAGAAGAUGGGAUGAGCCAGUUAAGUGAAGGAGAGCCCCAACCUGAAGGAGGAGGGCUCAACCCUGUCCUAGCAAGGCAGAGGCCAGGCCCACUGCAAGGCCCCGGAGGACUUGUUUCCCUUGUGGUUUCUUGCACUUCCUGUUCCCUUGCUCACUGCGGAAGUUCCUCUUCUUACCCUGCACUCGGAGCCUAGGCAGAGAGGACAAGGACAGAAGAACCAUGAGUGGGGGCCCUGUAGGAGGCAGGGCCGGGGGCCGGGGGGGAGCAGUGGCCCAGCAGAACAUUCCUUCUAGCCUCCUGCAGGACCACGAGAACCAGCGCCUCUUCGAGAUGCUCGGCAGGAAAUGCUUGACACUGGCCACUGCAGUUGUUCAGCUGUACCUGGCGCUGCCCCGUGGAGCCCAGCACUGGACCAUGGAACACUGUGGGGCCCUGUGCUUCGUGAAGGACAACCCACAGAAGUCCUACUUCAUCCGCCUUUAUGGCCUUCAGGCUGGCCGGAUGCUCUGGGAACAGGAGCUGUAUUCACAGCUGGUCUACUUGGCUCCCACGAGCUUCUUCCACACCUUUGCUGGAGAUGACUGCCAGGUGGGGCUGAACUUUGCAGAUGAGGGCGAGGCCCAGGCCUUCCAGGCCCUGGUGCAGGAGAAGAUACAAAAAAGGAAUCAGAGGCAAAGUGGAGCCACAGAUAGACGCCAGCUACCACCACCACCAGCACCAGCCAAUGAAGAAAGAAGAGGAGGACUCCCACCUCUGGCCCCACAUCCAGGUGGGGACCAAGGGGGUCCACCAGCUGUCCCACUGUCCCUGGGGCUACCUACAGUGGACAUCCAGAACCCUGAUAUCACAAGUUCACGAUAUCGUGGGCUCCCAGCCCUUGGCCCUGGCCCAGCUGAUAAGAAACGCUCAGGGAAGAAGAAGAUCAGCAAGGCUGAUAUUGGCGCGCCCAGUGGAUUCAAACAUGUCAGCCACGUGGGCUGGGACCCGCAGAAUGGAUUUGAUGUGAACAAUCUAGACCCAGAUCUUCGGAGCCUCUUCUCCAGGGCAGGAAUCAGCGAGGCCCAGCUCACGGAUGCAGAGACCUCCAAACUCAUCUAUGACUUCAUCGAGGACCAGGGUGGGCUGGAGGCCGUGCGGCAGGAGAUGAGGCGGCAGGAGCCACUUCCACCACCCCCACCACCAUGCCGAGGAGGGAACCAGCCCACCCGGCCCCCUGUUGUGGGGGGUAACAAGGGUCGUUCUGGUCCACUGCCCCCUGUACCCAUGGGGGCUGCCCCACCCCCACCAACUCCACGGGGACCCCCUCCCCCAGGUCGAGGGGGCCCUCCACCACCACCCCCUCCAGCCACUGGACGUUCUGGACCACCGCCCCCUCCACCCACUGGAGCUGGGGGGCCAUCUGUGCCACCUCCACCGCCGCCACCACCACUGCCAUCACCCAGCACUGGGGGUGGGCUGGUCCCUCCCCCACCCCCUCCCACUCUGGGGUCUGGGGGGGGCCUGGCCCCUGGUGGGGGUCGGGGCGCACUUUUGGAUCAAAUCCGGCAGGGAAUUCAGCUGAACAAGACCCCCGGAGCCAUGGAGAGCUCAGCCCUGCAGCCCCCACCUCAGAGUUCAGAGGGACUGGUGGGGGCCCUCAUGCAUGUGAUGCAGAAGAGAAGCCGGGCCAUCCACUCUUCCGACGAAGGUGAGGACCAGGCCGGUGAUGAGGAUGAAGAUGAUGAAUGGGACGACUGAGCUGUCCCCCAGGCCAGUGGCUCCCACUGCACCUGCUCCCACUUGCCCCUGCCACAGACCAAAGUCCACUGCAGCUUCCGGGGCCUCACCUCCAGUGCUGUCACCCCGCAACUGUUCUUCACACUCACCCUAGCAGUCCUGGGGACCCUUUUUGUACAUUUUCCAGUUCUCCUUAUGCAAGGAUUUUUAAACAAAAAUAAAAUAAUUGUCCUUU